AUGCUCAAUUACUACUUUCGUGAGACCUUUGCAGGCAGAUUGAUCAAUGUACUUUCUGGAGACCGAUUGUUGAGACUACCACAGCCUCAGAUACCGCACUACGGAUCGAACGACAUAGCUCGCACAGAGGAUGUCACCAACACAAGUCCUGCUGGCGAGGAGUCCGAUAUCAAGGCUAGCGGCACAAGUAGUCAAGAGUGGAUCGAGAAGACAAGUCGAAACGAAGACGUCCCAAUCGCAGAGCUCGCCAAAAGGCUCAGCAACCACGACCAGUCGAUCGAGGAUGGUGAUCCUACGCCAACUCCAGAGAAGGAGGCAACACCUCAAGACGGCCACAAUAGGUACAUUGUUGGGUGGAAUGGUGAUGAUGAUCCUGAGAACCCGCGAAACUGGCCUAUGUGGUUGAAGGUCUGGUCGACGUGCAUGAUCAGUCUGCUAACGUUUUCGAUUUAUAUCGGUUCUGCAAUAUACACCACCGGCAUUGAAGACAUCAACGAGCAAUUCCACGUGUCUCGAGUCGUCUCAACAUUAGGACUUUCCCUUUUCGUGCUCGGAUACGGCCUUGGCCCCAUGAUCCUCGCACCUCUCUCAGAAAUGCCCCCCAUCGGCCGCAUGCCCGUGUACAUCAUCACACACCUCCUCUUCAUCGCUCUCCAGUUCCCCAUCAUCUACGCCCCGAACAUCGGCACCAUCCUCGCCUUCCGCUUCAUAACCGGUUUCAUCGGCUCCCCUGUCCUGGCCACAGGAGCCGCCUCGCUAGCCGACAUAUUCACGCCCAAGAAACUUCCCUACGCCGUGGGGAUUUGGGGCAAUUUUGCGAUAUGCGGGCCUGUGCUUGGACCCUUGGUGUCUGGGUUUGCGGUUAUGGCAAAGGGGUGGAAGUGGUCGAUUUGGAUCCUCAUUUGGCUCAACGGAUUUUGUGCCGUGUUCAUGGUCCUCGCCAUGCCGGAGACCAGCGCGGAUAAUGUUCUCUACCGUCGUGCCCAAAGGUUGAAGAACUUGACCGGAGACGACAAAUACAAGUCCGAGGGGGAGAUCGCUAUGGCCAACUUCUCGGUCAAAGAUGUGGCCAUGGCGUUGCUGGUGAAGCCCUUCUGGCUGUGUUUCGUCAGCGAGCCUAUCCUACUGGUGCAAAACGUCUAUCUGGGACUGGUCUACGCUCUGCUGUAUUGCUGGUUCGAUGCGUUCCCGUUGGUGUUCAUGGGCAUGUAUGGGUUUAAUCUUGGUCAAAUGGGCCUCUCCUACAUCGGGAUCCUGGCCGGCGCAUUCGUCUGCACGCCCCCUUAUUUCUACUGGAUCCGAAAAGCCAUCGAACCGCAAAGCAAACCAGAUGGCUCGAUCGAACCUGAGAAGCGUCUGCCAGCGGCUAUAGUCGGCUCGCUUUUCAUUCCCAUCUGUCUCUUUUGGUUCGGCUGGUCCGCCCGCCCAGACGUGCACUGGACCAUGCCCAUCAUUGGUUCCAGCUUCUUCGUCAUGGGCGCGGCGCCCUUGUUCAACUCCCUAAUCAGCUAUCAAGCCGAUGCAUAUCCCAAGGUCGUGGGGUCUGUCCUGGCGGGGAACGAUCUCAUGCGGUCGUCCAUGGGGGCGGCGUUUCCGUUGUUUGCUACACAGAUGUACAACGCUCUCGGCGUCGAUUGGGGUUGCUCUAUGCUGGGCUUCAUCUCUAUCGCUUUCAUCCCCAUGCCGGUUCUCCUGUUGUACUACGGCAAGAGGCUUCGUAUGGCUAGCAAGUACGCCCGGCAUGAUAUCUGA